AUGACUUCGUUCAAUUUUGGAGAGCUUCAACACGAGUUGGAAGUUACUUCUACAAAUAAUGAGACCGGAGUUUCAUUUAAUGGUAAAUCACUAAAAUUAAACUCUGAGAAAGAUGCUGAGGAAGUCUGCGAGGAGAUAAAAAAAUGCCCUCGGUUGGACUAUUUAGACUUGGAAGGUAACACUCUGGGCCCGGAUGCUGCUAAAGCAUUAUCGGAAACCCUGGCGAGCCAUGGUGGUGCUCUGAAACGAGCAUUGUGGAAAGACAUGUUUACCGGCAGAAUGAAAACAGAGAUUCCUAAGGCCCUAGAGUACUUGGGAGACGGAUUGAAUAUCGCUGGAGCACACUUGGUUGAACUGGAUCUCAGUGAUAAUGCAUUUGGGCCGAUUGGAGUUCAAGGACUUGCUGCAUUAUUGAGUUCAAGCACGUGUUACACGCUACAAGCGCUGAGACUUAACAACAAUGGCCUGGGAAUAUCUGGUGGAAAAAUGCUAGCGAAAGCUCUGCUGGAUUGUCAUGUCAACAGCUCCAAGGAAGCGAAACCUUUGGCGCUUAAAGUUUUCAUUGCAGGGCGUAAUCGUCUGGAGAACGAGGGAGCCACGGCUUUGGCUGGUGUCUUCGCUAAGCUUGGAACACUCGAAGAAGUUGUAAUGCCUCAGAAUGGAAUUUACCAUCCGGGAGUUUCUGCACUGGCAACUGGGCUGUCAGUUAAUCCAGGAUUGAAAAUUUUAAAUUUAAAUGACAACACUGUGGGUCCUAAAGGUGCUCAAGCUCUUGCAGAUGUUCUGUCUAAUUUUCCUGCUCUGGAGACUUUGAACCUGGGAGAUUGUCUGCUGAAAACUAAAGGAGCGAUGGUAAUUGCUGAUGCUUUGGGAAUUCAAGGCAAUCACACGUCUUUGGUAGAACUUAAUCUGGCGUUUAAUGAAAUAAAAACGAGGGCUGUAGAAUCGCUGGCCAGAGCUACGAUUGACAAGACCCAGCUGGCGACCUUACAGCUAGACGGAAAUGCUUUUGGUGAAGCUGGUAGAAACGCUUUGCGUCAAUCCUUGAAAAAUUACGACAGAAUCGAAUCAUUGGAGCAGCUUGAGGAAGAUGCGACUGAUGACGAAGUGAGUGGUGAAGAAGAUGAAGAUUCUGAGGGUGACGGUGAAGAUGGCCAAGAUACUGAGAAGGAAGGUAGCGAAGAUGAUGAUAAAGAAAAUGGUACAGUUAAAGUUAAUACGAAUAUUCAAAUGUCUACUAUUCCUAAACCUAAAAAACCAGUAAGUGUUAAGGAGUUUUUGAAAGAACCUACUGGAGAAAAUUUUUUGCUGCUUGAAGGCGACAAAGCCAGCAAACUCUUGGAGCAUGUUAAGAGUAUUGCAAGUGAAAAAAAUUCUCAAGAUCCUUUACAGUAUAUUGAUGAAUUACUACCCGUUGCCAUGAAAGUAUCAGCCUUAUGUGGAAGUGGAUAUGGAGACAUUAGAGUUGAAGCCGAAAAAUUAACUGAUCAAUUGUACUUUCAUCUCUUUGAUUACGCAACGACUAAUAAUCAGAUGUCUUAUGUCAAUAAUAAUCUUCUGGUCCACCUAGGACUCAUCAAGGGUGAAAAUAAAAAUUCAAAUAAAGGUGAUUGGAAUUUGGAAGGUUGUUUUAAAGCACUUGAGAAAGUAAGCCAACAAGAUUAUUUUCCACCAUUAACUAGAGCUAUGUUGAAGCUCUUGAUUGAAAGAUCAUUCCCAGCUAAGAGCAAAACCUAUGAUCCGUGCUACGACGUAAAGAUGUCUUUAAAAACCACUUUGGAUAGAUUACAAGCUACAUAA